AUGGCUAGUCCGGUUAUCCCCGCGGAAGACCAGAGCCGUCUCCUCGAGGAGGCAUUGGGGGUCGUACGGCAACAGUCGCAAAUGAUGCGAAGGUGCCUGGAGACUCCCGGCAAGCUUAUGGAUGCGCUCAAAUGCGGGUCGACUUUGGUGUCUGAGUUGCGGACUCCCAGUUUAGGCCCCAAGCAAUACUACGAACUGUACAUGGCCGUGUUCGAUGCGCUGCGACACCUCUCCGUUUACCUGAAAGAAAACCACCCUGUCAACCAUCUGGCCGACCUUUACGAGCUGGUCCAGUACGCCGGUAACAUCGUCCCGCGACUGUACCUUAUGAUCACGGUGGGCACGGUCUACAUGUCUGUCGAGGAUGCCCCGGUCAAGGAGAUCAUGAAGGACAUGAUGGAGAUGAGCAGAGGUGUGCAGCAUCCGAUCCGCGGGCUGUUCUUGAGAUACUACCUCUCCGGCCAAGCGAGAGAUCACCUGCCCACUGGAACUGGCGACGGGCCUGAAGGCAACAUGCAGGACUCAAUCAGCUUUGUCUUGACCAACUUCGUGGAAAUGAACAAAUUGUGGGUGCGACUUCAGCACCAGGGGCCGUCCAGGGAACGCGAAAAGAGAAUGCAGGAGAGACGGGAGUUGGAGCUGCUUGUAGGCAGCAACAUAGUGAGACUCAGCCAAUUGGUAGACCUCGAAGGCUACAAGAAUGGGAUUCUACAGGCGCUUUUGGAGCAGGUGGUGCAGUGUCGCGAUGUUCUGGCGCAGGAGUAUCUGCUUGAAGUCAUCACCAAGGUUUUCCCCGAUGAAUUCCACCUCCAUACCCUGGACCUGCUGCUUUCUGCAAUCGCUAGACUCAACCCACUUGUUGAUCUGAAGAAGAUUGUUAUCGGGCUUAUGGAUCGCUUGUCGGCCUAUGCAGCACGAGAGGAGUCCACCGCUGACCCCGACGCCCGCAAGCAGACCGAGGAGGAAGCCGUCACAAAACUUCUCCAGAAGCUCGAAGUUUCCGGUGAGCCCAAGAAAGAGGAAACGGCCGAAGAUGCAAGCGCUACCCAAGAGAAUGGCGUCGAGCAGUCCAAAGAGACAGACGAAUCUGCCAAAAAGGAGGAAGAGUCUCCUGCAAAUGGCGACGGCGAAAAUGGCACAAAAUCUGGUGUUCCUGCUGAUGUCAAGCUGUACGACAUAUUUUACGAGCAGGUGGUCAACCUGAUCAAGACCCGUGGCCUGCCAAUUCAGGAUACCAUGGCACUCCUUGUGUCUCUGGUCAAUCUUGCAUUGAAUACCUAUCCUGACCGAUUAGAAUACGUCGACCAGAUUCUUGACUUUGCUACGCAAAAGACAGCCGAAUACGCUGACCACGCAGACUUACACUCUGCGCCAGCGCAACAGAACCUCCUGCACCUCCUUCUCGCACCAAUCCGCUCCUAUGUUUCCAUAUUCACCGCUCUGGCUUUGCCACACUAUAUCCCACUCCUGUCUUCUCAAUCCUACACUACCCGGCGCUCUGUCGCUGGUGAGGUUGCUCGCAAUCUGCUUAAGAACCGAACUCUGAUCGCAACAACGGACAACCUCGACCGUGUGUUGCAGGCUCUCAAGGUGCUGAUCAAGGAAGGCACGCAACAGGCCAUGGGAUACCCUGGAGCAGUGCAGUCCCAGCGACGAGGCGGAGAAACCGAUGAGACUGUCGAGGAGCAAGGAUGGCUCGCGAGAUUGGUCCACCUGAUUCAGGCACCGGAAAACGAUACUCAACUGAAGCUUCUUCAAGCAACCCGCAAAGCUUAUGCUGAUGGCAAUGAGCGGAUCCGGUAUACUUCCCCAGCAAUCAUCACUGCUUCGAUACGAUUGGCCCGCAAGCUCAAGUCCCGCGAGCACUACGACGACAACUGGCAGUCACAGUCUUCGGCACUCUACCGGUUCAUGCACCAAUGUGUCAACAACCUCUACCAGCGUGUCAAUCCCGGGUGCGCGGACUUGGCUCUGCGCCUGUUCGUGAUGUGUGGUGAAGUGGCCGACCAGACAGGCUUCGAAGAAUUCAGCUACGAGUUCUUUGCGCAGGCAUUCACGAUCUACGAGGACUCGAUCAGUGACUCGCGCGCCCAGUUCCAGGCUGUAUGUAUCAUUGCAGGUGCACUCCACGGAUCGCGGGGUUUCUCCAAGGAGAACUACGACACACUCAUCACAAAGGCUGCACUGCACGGCAGCAAGCUGCUCAAGAAACCCGAUCAAUGUCGCGCGGUGUAUCUGGCGAGCCACCUCUGGUGGGUGAUUGAGAAUCCUCAACGAGGCGAAGAGGAUCCUAAGAAUCUCUACCGCGACGGAAAACGUGUUCUCGAAUGUCUUCAACGGGCUCUUCGCGUUGCAGAUGCCUGUAUGGACACUGCCGUGUCCGUGGAGCUCUUUGUUGAGAUUCUAAACCGCUACGUUUACUACUUUGACCAGCAAAAUGAGACCGUCACCACCAAAUACCUCAACGGGCUCAUUGAGCUUAUCCACUCCAACCUACAGACUAGCGAGGAUGAACCGAACCCCAGCCUCGAGAGUCCCAAGCGCCACUUCCAGCGUACCCUGGAGUAUAUCCGGUCGAGAGAUUACGAGGGAGUCGUGACGGAGGCUAGACAGUAG